UGCUGCGCGGUCCUUGCUCAUCUUUUGCCGAGUUUGUGUAUCAAGGACCCUACUAUCAAUUCAUAUCAUAAUGCAAAAUGAACAGGGUAUCAAAGGAAAAGGAAACCCAUUUAACCGUAAAUUUACAUUGCAAAUGAAAGCUAAACCCUUUAAGGAAGGGUUCCUCCUUGAACCAACUGGGAGGCUAUCUUCACCCUUGCUCAUCGGGGAUAGUAGCAUUUCGUCUCCUUAUUGGCAGAGAUUUUUAUUGAAAGAUGAAUAAAUUUUUAGUGUUUCGUAGCGAAGGAGCGAUCGGGGAUGAUUGUAUAAAGUGUAUGUGGGUAUUGUUCAGCCAACUCAUGGGAGGCCAUGAAUUUAUGAUUGAGUUCUUGAAAAGUAUUUCAAUCCAGUCAUUCUUAUCUGCCAUUUCGCAUGAUCCAGAGUGUUUCGAUAAAAUUUGGGAUGUCGCUGCGGUUGAUUUGGACCAAGGAAAGACUCUUGUAGAGCUCCACGCUUAUCAUCUUCUGAAAUGACAGACUAAUCUAUGCAAAUUUACAGCGUUGGAUUAUCGCACGGCUCUCUUGAACUUUCCAGACUGGCUUCAGACGAAUUUAGUAAAAUAUUGUAAGAAAAGCGCUUUAAAAAAGCGGAUAAUAUGUCCGUCAUGAAAUUGUGAACGGAUUGUGCUAUCGAUCAUCUUUGUCGUCAUUAAUUGUAAAUUGCUAGCACAUUCACAAUUGUUCUUUAUAUUUCUGUUUGUUUUGUGCAUUGUGUAUAUGUUUGUUUAUAAAUUUAUAAGAAUGCCCUACGGGUCAUCGUACAUGGCAACCAGUAGGCGUUCUCUCUGAUCUCCUGAAACCUUGAAACCCCCCAAUGCGUCAAGACAUUAAACCGGGGAAAACGUCUCAUUGAGGAAACAGUACGUAGAUAUGAAACGAAUCCGGUAUCGUGUGAACAGGGCCUAAGGUUUCAAGGAGGCCAGCCUAGCUCUAAACACACCUGCCUACACCGAGCAUCCAGUUGCAUACCGUUCGAUUGAUUGGGAAAUAAGGCAUGGAUUGGUAUUCUAGCAGAAGCCCUUUUGUUUGUACAAGUGACGCGCGGUCAAAUCUGAAGAGAACAUGGCCGCUCGCUGGAGAUUUCUGCCAAUUGUCAUCCUGAUUGUCGCUUGGUCGGCUCUUGUUGAGGGUUCGGUAUAUAAGAACGCCUCUCACUAUUGGCCUCUUGACUAUAUUAGUGAAAUGAAAGAUUUGGUUACGCACAAAGAGGCCACUGUAACAGGAACUGAUGGGGUUCAGUUGAACGGUAAGGGUGACGGAUUCAUGGAGAUGCAAGUCGGCAAGGCAGCAAUUCGCCUUGGAGAAUACAAUCACAAGUGCAUGCUUUCAUUAGCGAAUUGCGACAAUGGCUUGACGAUAACGUUUUGGUUGCGCCUACUUGAAGCACCUGGAAGCUCAAAUACUGUGGAUUUGCUGAGUCUUAGAUCAAGCACAGGCUUCUACGUUAUCAGAGUCGCUUUGGAAAGCACCUCUAUUUCACACGUGGUGACGUAUUCUGCGACUGGUAGUCAAGCCCAAUACAGAGCUCGUGUCAGCCUCGCUUUGAAGCAGUGGAUGCAUUCGAGCCUAAUUUUUACUAAAUCUGGGGAUCUUCGUGUCGUGAUAAACGGCAAAAAGAUUUUACAUUCGAAGAGAAAAGCUUAUGUCGCCGAGAAAACAAAAAUGGUGAACUUGAUAAUUGGUUCAUGGUCGAAACUUGGAAGUUCUGAAGGGCCGAAGCUGCAAUUUGACGAGAUUGCGGUGUUUUUUCAAGAAUUAGAUGUAGCAGCUAUCAGAAAAAUUGUUUUGAAGGAUUAUGGCCAAAUCUCCCUUGCUGCAAGUUGCCCCGGAAACAAAACUUCAGUGAUAGUGGCCUGGGAACCACCCAUUGAUACUUACAGCCAUGUUCUCAAUUACGUCAUCACCGCUAAGUCUGUAAGCGAGCACACGUAUACUGUUCCUAAAGAGAAGACUACAGCUACGCUCACUGGCUUGGAUGCAGAUGUAGACUAUCAGGUAGAAUUGGUUGCUCGGACUGUUUCAGGACUCAACAUAACAAGCAACAAAAUAAUUUGUUCUACAAAUGAGCAGAAGCAGGCACCAGCCAAAGGAGGUUUGGUUGCCUUUGCCAUCGACACGGACAAAAUCCGGGUGCUGUGGAAAGUAGAUGAAAGUUCUGUUGACAAGCCAGUUGCCUACGGGGUGUCCGUCCAGAUGAAAGGAGAGUCGGCAAAAUAUGUGUUGUUGUUCCAGAAAAAUGCACUCAAUCACACGAUCUCAAACUUAAAGGAAAACAGAGAGUACCUUGUAUCUGUAACGGUUUAUACAAAGCUGGGGGAUGCUAAGACUGAAAACAAGAGAGUCAAAACAAAACGUCAUAUUGUGCUGCCAACAUGCCCAGCUCGCAAUUUAUCAGUAACCCAAGUCACGUGGGGCAGUGUGAGCGUUCGCUGGAUGCCUCCAAAAAACUACAGCGACCCUGCCAUGCUGUACGAAAUUGAAUGCAAAAGAAGCAAUUGGAGUUUGAUUAAAGAGGUCGUUGAUGAACACGUGACUUUUGAUAAUCUUCAAGAAAACACGUGGUACAAAAUCGAGGUGAAGGUGGGCGCGAAAGGAGUCGGUUUCUAUCAUGAGACUAUCGCCGUGGAUUUUAGAACCCAAGUUCGCUUCCCACCCCCGUCGACUGUCAAUGCAACUGCGCUAAAAUGGAACACUGUGUUGUUAGAGUGGAGCCCUGUGCAAAGGACGGACCAUUUGAUAUACCAGGUGGCUUACUACGAAGAGAAGAGGAAAUCCAAAAGGAAUUUUAUUCAGACUGCGGAAACCUCUUUGCAGAUAUCAAACUUGCAAAGGAGCAUGGGAUACAUUUUUACCGUCAAAAUAGGAAAUGGAAUUGUGUUUGGCAAAAAUAGUUCUAAAAAUGUUUUCGUCACAACUCCAGACCGUGAUCAAUGUAUGGAUGGAAGUCACACGUGUUCAGUGCUCGAGAGAUGCAUCAACAUCAAAGAUUCAUACGAAUGCGUCUGUAAAUAUGGCUACAUCCGAUCCGGAGAAACCUGCACACCAAUGAAGAAAGGCGAACCAAGCUGUUUCACUGAUUUUGCAAGAAAUGUCACCUGGGGGUUGAGCAAACAUGGUCAGUUUGCUGUAGCUGAUUGUCCAAAAGGAACCGAGGGUGUGGCUCGUAGAUUUUGCAAGCGGUUAAAUAACACCCACGCAGCGUGGCUUGUACCCGAUCUCAGCAACUGUGUUUCUACUUGGCUUCGUCAGUUUUCUCAUCAGGUGUCACAAAAAACACAGAGUUCUUCCAAGUUGAUGAUGUCGUUAAGCUCCGGGUACGCUCAGCAGAAGCAAGUUUCAGGGGGUGACAUCCAUGCUAUGGUUGCGAUGAUGGGGGACAUCAUCAGCAUCACAGACUCGAAUUCAUCCGAUUCCUCUGGGCUGAAUGAAAUGGCACAAAGCAUGGUCGCGGUGACUGACGACCUCUUGUCGGUGGAGAAAUCUGAAACGUGGAACGAUCUUCCAAAGAAAAAGAAGGCAAGCAGUGCGUCCCGUAUUUUGCAAAACUUUGAAAACUUGGCUCAGGUUUACAGCUCGUCACUGAGAAACAGAACCUUGAAAAUUUCGAAACAAAAUGCGGUUGUGGAAGUAAAAAAUCUGGUGGACACCUCUUCUCUAAAGUUCAGCGCAUUAUCUGACAAUGGUGUCGAAGCUGAAGCCGGCCCUCGGAGCAGUAUUGCUAUCCCAGAUUUUGAAUUCAACUCAGAAGAUCUCAAUGCUGUUUACUUUGGGUUCUUUCGUGGCAUUCAGGGACUCCUUGGGACAGAUUUUGUAAAUGUUUCCAAAGGCAAAAGUGAUAGUGGUGACAUUGGUGACAAAGUGUCCAAUGUAAUUGCUGCAACCGUUCUUGGAAGGAAAGGGAUGGAAUUUGAACGGCCAGUUGUCAUUACGCUCAAGUUACCUUCUAAAAACGAAAUCGCAUCGAAAACCUUACAAUGCGUCUUCUGGGAUUUCGCCGGAAAUAACACGGCUGGAGCGUGGUCACAAAGAGGCUGUAAGCUACACCGCAGUAACGGAAGCCACGCAACCUGUCAUUGCUCUCAUCUUACUAACUUCGCUGUUCUUAUGUCGGUGACUUCGGCUCCAAUGAAACAGGAGAAAAGGGACGAAGACAGAAUGGCCUUGAUAACAACAAUUUGCAUUGGCAUUUCGUUGGCUGCAUUGUUCGUCUCUUUUCUAACAUUCUGCACAAUAAGAAGCUUGCAGUCAUACAGAAACACAACACAUAAGAAUCUUGUUAUUGCUCUGUUCUUGGCACAAUUGCUCUUCGUCUGUGGCAUCGAUAGAACUGCCCACCUCCUUACCUGCAGAUUGAUAGGCGUGGCACUUCAUUAUUUGUUCCUGGUUGCCUUCUCUUUGAUGGGGAUGGAAGGUGUUGUUCUGUAUAUGAUGCUGGUAAGAGUUUACCAAAGGAACACGAGAUAUGGGAAUUUGAAGCUCCUCCUUGCGUGCUGGGGACUUCCUCUUGUCAUAGUGGGUAUCACUGCUGGCCUCGAUUUCACUGCGUAUGGAAACGAGAAAUACUGUUGGAUUAAUGUAAAAAAUGGAUACAUCUGGAGCUUUGCUGGUCCCGUCAUCCUUGUCGUUGUUUUCAAUUGCAUAAUUAUGGCGCUGGCAGUCAAGGUGAUGAGGAAAAAAUCAAAAAAGAGGGAAGAAAAAAUUCAGGAGAUUUGGUACUGGAUAAAAUGCUGUUCAAUGCUAGUCUCGAUUCUUGGGUUGUCAUGGAUACUUGGCAUUUUCUACAUCAGCCAGCGAAGUAUCAUCAUGGCCUAUAUUUUUAGCAUUCUAAAUGCCCUGCAAGGAUUGGCUCUGUUUAUCUUCCUCUGUUUGCUGGACCAAAGGGUGCAGGAUGUCUACUGUCGCGUCCUUUGCUGCAUUGAAAAGGGACAUUUCUACUUGUAUGCGUCGAGGUCAGUUUCUGGCACAAAAUCAACUACGCCAGUGCGCCACUCAAGAGAGUUAAGUGUUUCAUCUUUAUUUAGAUCACCAUGGGGUUCGUUAAAGCGGUACACAGAAGAGCGAAGGUCGCUGAAGAAAACCAGGAUUUCAAUGGAGGCUCAGGAAGUGGAACUGAGGCUGGCGGACGAGGAGAACCAAAGUGUAGAUGUCUAGGCCAAUAACCCUUCGAUGUCGGGGUCUUGCAUGGGCGCAAAGAAUUCAUUUACCGUGUUUGCGUUGAAGAUAAAGAACACUGAUUAUCCUAACCAGAAUUGAAUCCAUGUUGGCAGGCGGUUCUGUUUACACGCCGUAUCUUUACAUUGCUUGUCAUUUGUAAACGCGAGUAAACGUCUUUACCGAGCAGCCACGAGAUAUAUAUUUCAAAACGGAUAUUCAAACAGAACUAUUGGCUAAAUCGAUGUAAAUAUAUAGUCCAGGUCGUGUAUUGCAAAUAAUUAUGGUCUAAAUAUCAAAUUAGAUGUUCUUCAGUGGAGACAUAUUUUAUUCAAUCAGAAAUUAAAACAAA